ACAGGACAGAAUUCUAAAGAAGAUACAGCAUAAGAUAAUUCAGUGCUUGAAAGCUUUUAUGAAUAACAAGUAUGGUUUGGAAAGAAUAAUGGGUGAAGAAAGAAGUUUUUCAUUAUUGGCCAAAACAAUUGAUCCCAAACAAAUCAACAUGAUGACUGAUGCAGUUAAACUUCUGUCUGCAAUAUGUAUUAUUGGAGAGGAAAACAUCCUUGAAAAAAUUUUGAAAGCCUUGACUACAGCAGCAGAAGAGAGAGGUAUUGACCGAUUUUGCCCCAUUCUGAAGGGUCUCAAGGAAAGUUCAGUCCAUCUGCAAAUAGCUUGUAUGCAGUUCAUCAAUGCCCUAGUUACAACUCCGGAUGAUCUGGACUUCAGACUCCACAUUCGAAAUGAGUUUAUGCGUUGUGGAUUGAAAGAGCAACUGCCACUCCUGAGAUGCAUGAGGAAUGAUGCUUUGGAUAUCCAGCUCAAAGUGUUCAGUGAACACAAAGAAGAAGAUAUGAUUGAAUUUUCUCACCGUUUAGAUGAUAUCAGAUCAGAAUUCGAUGAUGCAAAUGAUGUUUAUAAUUCAGUGUGGAAUACCGUUAAGGAUACAAGUGCAGAAAGUCACUUCCUUUCUAUACUGCAACAUCUCUUGCUGAUACGAAAUGAUCAGUUUAUACGACCUCUGUAUUUCAAGUUAAUCGAAGAGUGUGUUUCACAGGUAGUCUUACACAGAAGUGGUCUGGACCCAGAUUUUAGUUACCGAAAAAGGCUGGACGUAAAUUUCAGUCACAUAUUGGAUAUCUGUAUUGAACAGAAGAAAAUGGAAGAACUUGAAGGAAAAGCUUCAGAAUUCUUGAAAAAGUUUGAAAAAGAGUUUGUAGCUCAUCAAGAGACAAAGGCACAGCUUCAGAAGACUGAAGAAAAGAUUAGUCUCCUUGAAGCAGAAAGAAAAGCGUAUAAAAAUGAGAAUGGCUCAACUGAUGCUUGCCCGCUGACCUCUCUUGAAGGACCCACACAUCUGGUUCCAUCAGCUGAUGCACCAUCAGAUUUAUUACCAGCUUUAGGAUCUUCCACUGGAACCAUUCCACCUCCACCUCCUCUGCCCCCAUUACCAUCUUCCUUCGCUGGUGGUUCAAAAAACCAUCCUUCUUUUGGUAUUCCCCCGCCACCACCACCACCUCUGCUACAUGGAUUGCCUGGAAGUCAGUGCUCUCCUCCUCCUCACGUGCUGCCUUUUGGAUUGAAGCCAAAAAAAGAGUUUAAGCCUGAAGUGACCAUGAAAAGACUCAACUGGUCCAAGAUUAGACCGCAUGAAAUGACUGAGAACUGUUUCUGGAUAAUGGCAAAUGAUGGAAAGUAUGAAAGUACUGAUCUGCUAUGCAAGCUGGAACUUACCUUUUGUUGUCAGAAGAAUGUAAAGAGAGAUGAAGGUUUUGAAGAGAAGAAACCUAUUAAAAAACGAAUCAAAGAACUCAAAAUCCUGGAUCCAAAGAUUGCGCAAAACCUUUCUAUUUUCUUAGGUUCUUUUCGAGUACCUUAUGAAGAAAUAAAAAUAAUGAUUCUGGAAAUAGAUGAAACGCAGCUAUCAGAAUCCAUGAUCCAGAAUUUAAUAAAGCAUCUUCCUGAAGAAAAACAACUCAAUGAAUUAUCCAAGUUGAAGGAUGAAUAUCAGACUUUGUCUGAACCAGAGCAGUUUGCUGUUGUGAUGAGCGAUGUGAAGAGAUUGAAACCACGGCUGAGUGCUAUACUUUUUAAGCUUCAGUUUGAGGAGCAAGUGAAUAACAUCAAGCCUGAUAUCAUGUCUGUCAGCACAGCCUGUGGAGAGAUAAAGAAGAGCAGAAGUUUUAGUCAGCUUCUAGAACUAGUCCUGCUGAUGGGAAACUAUAUGAAUGCUGGAUCGCGAAAUGCACAGACGUUUGGAUUUAACCUCUGCUCCUUAUGUAAAUUAAAGGAUACCAAAUCAGUUGAUCAGACGAUAACACUGCUUCAUUUCCUGGUUGAAAUCUGUGAAGAAAAGUAUCCUAAUGUUUUGAGCUUUCUUGAAGACUUGCAGCACUUAGACAAAGCAAGUAGAGUUUCAGUAGAGAGCUUGGAAAAGAGCCUAAAACAGAUGGAAGGACAGCUCAAACAACUUGAGAAGGAUCUGGAGACUUUUCUUCUUUCUGAAGACCUUCAUGACAAAUUUGUGACAAAAAUGUCCAGCUUUCUCAUUCAAGCAAAAGAACAGUUCCAGCAACUUUCUAGGAUACAUAAUAGCAUGGAAAAAGGGUAUCGGGACAUCAUGGAAUAUUACGCCAUUGAUUUAAAGAAGGUUUCAGUGGAAGAAUUUCUGACUGACUUGAACAACUUCAGAACAAUGUUCAUGCAAGCAGCAAAGGAUAACAUGAGAAGGAAAGAAGCAGAAGAAAAGCAGAGGCGUGCUAGAAUAGCUAAAGAAAAAGCAGAAAAAGAAAAACUAGAAAAACAACAAAAGAAAAAGCACCUGCUAGAAAUGAAAACAGAGAGCGAUGAGACAGGCGUGAUGGAUAGUUUGCUAGAGGCUCUGCAGUCGGGGGCUGCUUUCCGUGAUCGAAGAAAGCGGACACCCAGGUCUAAAGAUGUACCACAGAAUUUCAGCUCUACCUCUGCAGCACCUGUUUUGAAACCUUGUAACCACGAAAACCAGAAAGCACCAACAGGAGAAAAAUUACAUCCCCACCACAAUAUGAAUGUAACCUUAAUAAGGAACCCAAUGAGCAAGGACAUUCAUCAUGAAAUAGAAGUUAAUUCAUCAGUAGAAAAGAGAAACCCUGUUGGAAAAAAGAAAGCCAUCAGUGGAAGAACCAACAGAAGGGACGAAAUAGAACUUGGUGGUUCUGUUUCUGAAGGAGAAGUGAUUCCUGAAGUGGAGGCUUUGCUUGCAAGAUUACGAGCACUGUAAAAUUUUUAACCAAUUGAAUAAAAAUGUGGAGUCCUUUAGAUGUUCAAGAAAACAUUUGGUUACAUUAUUCAUAAGACUGUACCAGUUCAGAAUGAUUCUUCACAUCGUAAAUACCUGCAAGUAGCAUAUUAGCAUAUUUCUAACAUUCAGGGAGAAGUAUUCCUUAUUAAUUUAAAACUCCCAGUUUCCACUGUUUUUCUAACGUGACACUAUUUUGGUAAAAUAUAUUUUUAAAAACUUUUUAAUUGCUAUCACAAAUAAUAUUUUCAUGACAUUUACAUAUUUUAAAGUAUAUAUACACUUUGCAUGCUGCACAUUUGUCAUUACAUUUUGAAAUGCACAUUCAUAAAUGCAUUGGGUCUGAAUUAAAAUUGUUGUAUUACUAUAAUAUAUGGAUUUCAUAUUUUGCAACUGGUUGGGAGACAAUUAUAACAGUGAAACUGAUUUUUUUUUUCCCAUAGCUCACCUUUUAUUAACUGACAUGCUUUUUCACAUACAACAUUUUAAGCUAUUGGUUGAAUGUUAAAAAUGCAAAUCAAGCUAUAUAUGUUUACAAUUUUGUUACAGUACUAGCUCUUUGAAAUUUUAAUAUAAAAAUGUGCAAUAUGAUAUCAUAUAUCUUAUAAGGUUUUAUAAAUAUUUUGGGUGUUUGCUGGAUGGCUGCAUUCACUAUAGGCAAUAUGCACAUUUGUGUAAAAUGUAUUGUUAUUUCUAUAAUAAAUCUGAAAUUUAUAUUCAAAAUAUAGCUGCUAUUCAAAUUGAAUCAUAAAAUGUUCUUGCUCACAGCACAAAUAUAAGUACCAAAGCAAUUUUGUUGGUUAUUUUCAUAUAACCAACCUUCAUUUUCUGGUUUGUAUACAGGGGGACACGCAUACCUUUGGUUUGUGAAAAGUUCUGUUGGAUUUGAAAACGGAUUUUACAUUGUGAAUUAUUAUUGGCAUACUUAGUAAUUCAUUUGUCAAUUGCUCAACUCUAUAGAGAUGGCUAAUCAUUGCUGUAAAAGUGCAUUACUUUGCAGGUUAUUUGGUGAUGCUGAAUAGUAAUUUUCUUGAAAGUAUUGUACUGAAGCCAUUAUUAAGCUUUUUCUUUGCCCUAUUUAUUUCUAAACAAAUAAAAGAAUGCUGAAACAUA